AUGGCCAAACCAUUCAAAGAGGCCAUAGAAAAACAUCAGAAAGAAACUGGUACAUCCUAUCCAAUAGAUGCCUAUGAUUUAACAUUGCAUCCUCCGAAAGUGGACGAAACUAAUGGUGAAGAAUUCUACACAUUGCAACAAUUUGGUGAAGUAAUUCACUAUCGAAAGUUUUAUCAAUAUUUGGGGAAGGAUCUUUCUCUAUGUUUACAAAGUAUGUAUGAAGCAAUGAGUAUUGACCAUGCUUGUUGUUACAAAAGUGAAACGAAGAAACAUCCAAUUGCUACAGAGAAACGAGCAGUUGGAAAACUAAAUGGUGAAUUAUGUAAAUGUGGAUCACUAGAGGAGUUUAAAUAUUUACUGAAAGCUCAUUCGAAUAAUAUUAAGAGUGGUUUCGUAUAUAGUGGAGUGAGAGAAGAGCAAUUGAGUGAUAUCAGAAUUGUAACUCAAAUGGAGAGUAUUGAAUAUGAUGAAUUUUCUUCCAAGUCAAGAAAGUACAAUACAGAACCAUGCAGAUUGUACUUUAGUACUGAUGAUUUGGAGUUUGGAUAUCUGGAAUUUUUAUCAUUUGGUAGGGGAAUAAUUCUUGCUGUUUCGUAUCCAUUCGCUAACACAAGAUUUCCAUUAUUUGAAAGUGCAGAUACCUUUGGAUUUCUCACAAAUGUUAACGAAGAUAUAUUCGAAUGGGGUGUUAAAUACAUUGAACUGGAAAAGAAUAAUUAUAUAUAUCUGUAG